AGUUUAUUUGAUUUAAUGGAAAUUGAAGGCAACUUGACCCAGAUUGCACAUUUGAAAACAAAACUCCUCACUGCAAAACCACACACGAAUCAGUUACAGGAGUUUUUAAAAUAUAUUAAACAGACACUCAAUUUCUUGCGUUACCUUCAAUGUACAUGCAUUUUAAUCCAAGUUCUUUUUGCACUUACACAUUUAGAAAAUUCUUGUUAUUUUCCAGACUUAAAAUCCUCAGUGAAUACCAGUGUUGUAAGCAAAGGGGUUUAUUUACUUUGGCAGGACAAACUCUCUCUUUGCAAAUCAGCUGAUGUGUGAGGACACAUGUUCCCUUUAUAGUCCAGCCCCUAAUUUGUUUUUCUCUCCACUGGUAGCUUGAGGUUGCCACAGGACAAUAAUCACCUGGUUUCUUUCCAUAGUCUGCAGCUCUCUUUCAGAUAACCAGAUGGCCUACGGCAUUGUAUGGAAAGCAGUUGACCGACAAACGGGGGAAACUGUAGCAGUGAAAAAGAUAUUUGAUGCUUUCAGAAACAGGACUGAUGCCCAGCGAACAUUCAGAGAAAUCAUGUUCCUUCAGGAGUUUGGAGAUCACCCCAACAUUGUCAAACUUCUAAACGUCAUCCGAGCCCAAAAUGAUAAAGACAUUUACCUCAUCUUUGAAUAUAUGGAUACAGACUUGCAUGCUGUGAUAAAGAAAGGCUCCCUGUUGAAGGAUAUCCAUAAGCGUUAUGUAAUGUACCAGCUCUUCAAAGCCAUUAAAUACCUUCACUCAGGAAAUGUUAUUCACAGAGACCAAAAGCCAUCCAAUGUGCUCCUGGACACUGACUGUGUUGUCAAGCUGUGUGACUUCGGCCUGGCCAGAUCACUCAACCAGAUCCAAGAGGACAGCGGGAAUCCCGCAUUGACAGAAUAUGUGGCCACACGUUGGUAUCGGGCCCCUGAGAUCCUGCUGGGAUCCACAAGGUACACUAAAGGUGUUGAUAUGUGGAGCCUUGGCUGCAUCCUGGGAGAAAUGCUGCUGGGAAAAGCCUUGUUUCCUGGAACAUCCACCAUCAACCAAAUAGAAAAGAUCAUGAGUGCCAUACCUCACCCCACUCCAGAAGAUAUUCUCGCCAUAAAGUCUGAAUAUGGAUCUUCUGUCAUUCAGAGAAUGCUGCUGAAACCACAGGUGCCUCUGGAGGAUCUUCUCCAACCAUCUGUGUCUGCUGAUGCUCUUGACCUUCUAAGGGGUUUGUUAGUUUUCAAUCCAGAGAAGCGACUGACUGCAGAUCAAGCUCUUCAGCACCCAUAUGUAGCCAGGUUCUAUAAUCCCGCCAAAGAGCCAGCUCUCAACUAUGAUGUAGUGCUGCCAGUCGAUGAUGAUGUACAAUUAUCUGUAGUUCAAUAUCGCAACAAGCUGUAUGAGAUGAUACUAGAAAGGAGAACUAAUCAAGGGAUUAUGAAACUGCCAAAGGAUGGAGAGUGUCCCAGUAGCAGGGAAAAACCCAGCAUGAAGUGUGAUAAAGGAGAUAAGGGCCCAGUGGUGGCAAACAACCACAGAGACUGCACCAUUGAUGGGAAGCCACAGCGUGAGCUGACCGACAAGUCAAACCAUGUGCCUUUACAUCCAGUUGUCACCAAACCAGGAGCCGUAAAUGUACCCACAUCAUCUGCUGAGGAGAAGACGAGCCCUUUAGCUGACCUUGGUUUAGGAAAACCCACAUAUAACCCUAUAACACAUGUCCCAAAUGGUAUCAUCCGGGCUCCAGCUGGUUCUCCUCAUUCCUGCUAUUCUAAUGCAGCCAACAGGAAACUAGUGGGACAGACCAGUAGUGGAACUGCAGGUACACCACCAGCAGAGGGCACCAGCGCUAAUGUGUCCAUGGACCAGAUUCUGCAGCGUGGUCGCUCAGCACCUUUGGCACAUAACCGUUCCUUCUCCAUGACCCUAAGCCAAACACAGAACAACCCUCUAGUCCGCAAGGAGGAGAUGUCUUUGUGUGCAGGACUGCAUGUAACAUCAGCUCGGCUGAACCAGCGCUCCAACUCUCAGGUUCGUGAGGCUCGACCACCUCCCCGGUUCAGCAAGAAAGUUUUUCAGAAUCACUGUAACGUGGCUGCUGCUGGUGACCCGCGAGCCAAACUUGGCAGCUACUCCCAGGCGUACGGUACUAUCAACAAGACGGGACUGGACAAUCUGCUUCGAAGCCGCCCUUACAACCAGUAGCUGCUGUUAAAUUAGUGGUAACAUGGUGUGGGUGUCACAUGUGUUCACACACACAACAAAGUUUGCUUUGCUUGCCUUAUGACAGGAUGUUAGAUGCCUGGCAAACAGACUUUGUAAAGAGAAAUUGCUAGAUCAAACAACUCUUGUGUGUUUUUUAGGUUCUACCCAUGGAGACAUGUUUUUAUAUUCACUUUCUGUAUGGUAAAUGCAUAUUUUUAAAAUAUAUUACAUUUACCAAAUUGCAACUCAGAAACAUGUGAAUAUGAGUAGUUUUAUUUUUUUAUUUUAUUUUUUGUGGAGGUUUAAGGCAACCAUAUUUCUCACAAGGCUAUAAUACUAGUCAUGAUCAAUACUAGCAGUUUUAUGGAGUCCUAAAUCCCCAGACGCACUGUGCUCAUGUUUUCAAUGGGUUACCUUCCCUGGAUUUGUUUGUAGUAUUUGGAUUAAUGAGAGUUUGCAGAAAACACAUCAGUGUAAGACAUUAUUAGUUACAUGUAAAAAUAUGAUCUUGUCUGCUUCCAGCAAGGUUUUUUUUAUAGAUUGUAAAUAUUCAUAAAAACAUUUUGAAACCACACAAAUAUGGGUUAUUGGGAUCCCCAAAGAAACUCUUUGUUUUAGCUGCCAUUAUACGUUUUAAUCAGCCAUCAGUCAGAUUUAAAAUCCAAAUACUUUAUUAAUCCCCAGAGGGGAAAAAGAGGUCAUAUGUUGAUUUAUAAAGUAAAUGGUUUACGUGGUUUAACGGUUAGAUAUCACAUUAAGAAUAUCAAUCCAAGUGAGUUUCAGAUCCACAUAUAAUUCAUGAAGAUAUGCAAGUAAAUGUUUUAAUUAAUUGAUUAUAUGCAAUGAGUGAUCUUUUUCAUGUGGGUGAAACAACUAUAAGUCUACACGCUCUUCUAUGUAAAUAAAGGAAAAGGUUACACCUUUUUACAAUGUGUGACAUCAAAUGGCUGUAAUGUUUCAUAAUAAACUAAAGUACAAAUAUAAAAAGUAA